UGGGAAAUAAUGCAAAUACAGAAUCUUCGGGUGAUAAUAGACAAUCCUUUCCUGAUUUGUCUUUUUGUUCGCCAAAAAUUUCCUUUAGCGAUAUUCAUAGUAAAGUUAACUACUGCAAAUCUUAUGUAAAAGUUAAUGAAUUAUCAAAAAAAGCUAUUCCAUGUGGAUUGGACGUUGGCUCUAAUGCUAUACAAGAGCUUGAAGAUUUUAUGAAUAGUUUUAUAACCAAAUAUGCGCCAAAAAAAAAAGAAAAAACAGUUUAUAGAAAUAACAUGAAACAGGGGGAAGAUGAAGACGAAGAUACUUCAAACAAUAGUUCUAGUGUUGAAGAUUUUGUGGAAGUUGAAAAUUCAAUAGUUCAUACUAGGAAAGGUGCUCCACGAAAGAAGAGAUUUAAAGGAUCUCACGAAUCAGUAGACAAAAAUAAGUCUAAACAAAAUUUAGAAAUUCAGAAGACUAGAAAGCCAACCCAGUGUCAACAAUGUCAAAACACUAGUCACAACAAGGCUGGUUGUGAAGCAUGGCAUAAACGACAAGGUGUUCCAUAUUUAUAUUGA